AACGCUGUCCUGGUCUGGAACCAGCAUGGCGGCCGAGCGGAAGACCAAGUUGUCCAAGAACUUGCUACGCAUGAAGUUCAUGCAAAGAGGACUGGACUCAGAAACCAAGAAACAACUAGAAGAGGAAGAAAAGAAGAUCAUUAGUGAAGAAUAUUGGUAUUUGGAUUUGCCCGAGCUUAAAGAGAAAGAACUAGAAAAGAGUUUCAUAAUAGAAGAGCAAAGCUUCUUGUUAUGUGAAGAUCUUCUCUAUGGAAGAAUGUCAUUCAGAGGAUUCAAUCCUGAAGUUGAGAAAUUAAUGCUUCAGAUGAAUGCGAAGAACAAAGCCGAGGAGGAAGAGGAAGAUGAAACCGUGGAAGUUGAUGUGUCAGAUGAAGAAAUGGCUAGAAGAUACGAAACCUUGGUGGGGACAAUUGGAAAAAAGUUUGCCAAGAAGAGAGACCGUGCCAAUUAUGAGGAAGAUGAAAAUGGAAACAUGAAGCCUAUUAAAACGAAAAAGAUGUUCUUAAAGCCCCAGGAUUAGAGUGAGCACCUUCAAAUAUGGCUCCGGAGCCUGUGAGAGGAGCGUGGUUUAGAGUCCCUCCUGAUGGUCCCUCUCUCGUUGCUAAUAAGUCACGUUGUUUGUAAAGAAAUGUACGGUUUGGGAAACAUGCUGUUUUUGAAACAGAUGUGUGGUAGAUGUUAUACAUCCUUUUCCUAGUGGCAUUUGUCAAGAGUGUAAUGCCAGCCCUUGACCUUGGUGACGGGAGGCCCAGGGCUGCUUACUAAAGAUUUGUUUUAAUGCGUACUUCUCCAGUCACUGACCUUCAGCUGGCUCCUAAAAUCAAUGCUAAUGUUGUGGUUGCCCUCAUGUUUAUAUUUUGCUUUAAUCGUGUCAGCCCAAUCCAUGCAUUCAUUUUGGAAUCAAUGCCAUGAGAAUUUAUUGUACGUUAACUGAUCAACAACAGACAUAACCUCUAGCCUGAAGCGUUUGUAUGCUGCCAGUUCACUGUCUGUGUUGGGUGGUGUUUUGUUGUUUAAGGCAUUUAAUUAAAGUUCUGUAAUAAAAAAAAAAAAA